AUGAAACGGCGACAUUCUUUUGACGAAUUUUGUGCUGAGGAAAGCAUAAGGGUCAAAAGAAGGAAAACAAGACGGGGAAAGAAAGGUGGGAGGAGACAUUGUCCACGUGUGUCCCCCGCUCUCUUCCCUGACUCUCAGACCGGCCAGUCUGCGUGUGAUGCAACAAACCUCUCUCAGUGCAACAUGGACACUGUUGACAAAGAUCGUGUUGCAAGAGACUAUGCAAUCUAUCAACCCAUAAACAUUUUUAAUGAGAGUGAUGCAUUAAACUUUGCACAAGACGUGUCACAUGUUGCUGGCGAUACAAUUGCUGCACAAAAAUCGCAACAAGACUUUCAAAUUGACAUUGGUACAGUCAGAGAAAGUGACGAUAGUGUAGUCACGCUAUCACAGGAGGAUCUUCUCGGGGUGUUGCAUGGACUAAAUAGCACAUACAACCUGGCAGAAACUGCCCCCGAGGAUCAACCUUUUCAAGUGGUUAUGGACGGUUCCUCCAUGUACCUCGUCGGCCCGCAAAACCAACUGUACCUCUCAGUGGGCCCUCAAACUGGAGAUGCCAUCACGCCAGACUCACAACUGCUGUGCACAAUAGAACCGACCACUGACCAAGUCUGCCAUUCCCCCGACAAUCUCGGCUACUCCCAUUAUGCUACAAUGGAUAUUGACCGAAGGGAAGCUCAUUUGCUAAAAUAUCCGACUCACCUGCUUGAAUGGUCAGAGCGUGUCAAGUUCAGCCAUACACGAAAAUGGAAGCAGUUAGAAUACCACGCACCCGACUACAGCAAAUUCUGUUCAUGAAGAGCCACCUUGCAGACAACGCUUUCUCUGUUUUUGUUGACUGUUUUACCAUUCUUCUAUAUGGCAAUGUUCAUAUCUUGCAGAACGUUAGAAGAUUUUUUAACAAACUUUUUGAAACUGAAACUCUCGCCAUCCAUAAUUGUGUUCGCCUGAUUUUUGCAUGGCGUCUAAACGUGGCGCUGGACGUCUUUAGUACCAGUACUAGUGCUAGCAUCAUGGACUUAUUCGCUUAUUGCCAUGCAGUGGACUGUUUGAUAUACUUUUUUAAGCGCAUGCAUGAAUCAUUUGUACAUGUUUUGUUUUUCUUAGUUAAUUUUAGUUAAUUAAGGAGUGUCUUCGCACAGACCUUCUGGCUUCAUAAUUAUUUUUUUGAUUUGAUAGUGUAUUCGGAAAUGAUUAGCGCAAUUUUCAAAAUGUUGGGGUUCCUUGACCUCACACAACACUGUCAUAACUUACACUGUACGCUGGUUUCCUGAUAUUAUGAAACGCACAUCAGAAACAUCCGUAGAUAUGUAGAUACAUGUAUACUCAUCCUGAUU